GAAGAUGAUACCAUAUAGAACUACCGUUACAGGUUGCUCUCGAAACUUCCAUCUUAAAUGUUUACAGAAGAAAUCUUCUGAACAGCAUAUUGGAUUUCACAGGAGACUCCUCUACUAUUUCAUAUGCUGGCUCAGAAAUCCUGGAUAGAAAGAGCAUUUUAUAAAAGAGAAUGUGUUCACAUCAUACCCAGCACCAAAGACCCCCAUAGGUGUUGCUGUGGGCGUCUGAUAGGCCAACAUGUGGGCCUCACUCCCAGUAUCUCUGUGCUUCAGAAUGAGAAGAAUGAAAGUCGCCUCUCCCGAAAUGACAUCCAGUCCGAGAAGUGGUCCAUCAGCAAACACACUCAACUCAGCCCGACAGAUGCUUUUGGGACCAUUGAGUUCCAAGGAGGUGGCCAUUCCAACAAAGCCAUGUAUGUGCGUGUAUCUUUCGAUACAAAACCUGAUCUCCUCCUACACCUGAUGACCAAGGAAUGGCAAUUGGAGCUUCCUAAGCUUCUCAUCUCUGUCCAUGGGGGCCUGCAGAACUUUGAACUCCAGCCAAAACUCAAGCAAGUCUUUGGGAAAGGGCUCAUCAAAGCAGCCAUGACUACUGGAGCAUGGAUAUUCACUGGAGGGGUUAACACAGGUGUCAUUCGUCAUGUUGGAGAUGCCUUAAAGGAUCAUGCAUCCAAGUCUCGAGGGAAAAUAUGUACCAUAGGGAUCGCUCCUUGGGGAAUUGUAGAAAACCAGGAGGACCUGAUUGGAAGAGAUGUCGUCCGGCCAUACCAGACCAUGUCCAAUCCCAUGAGCAAGCUCACUGUUCUCAACAGCAUGCAUUCCCAUUUCAUUCUGGCCGACAACGGGACCACUGGGAAAUAUGGAGCAGAGGUGAAACUUCGGAGACAACUGGAAAAGCAUAUUUCACUCCAGAAGAUAAACACAAGAUGCCUGCCGUUUUUCUCUCUUGACUCCCGCUUGUUUUAUUCAUUUUGGGGUAGUUGCCAAUUAGACCCCAUUG